UUCAGUCGUGGCCCGAGCGUCGAAGCGGUCGCACGUCUCGACCGAUCACCCGCCAGUACUAUAACAACUUCAACGGGAGUUACACUGUGAAUAAAAAUCAGUGAUUUAACUUUUAUUUUGUGUUUGUGAAUAAAAAACGGAGAUUUUUCAUUUAGGUGUCGAAAUAAAAAGAUGCAAUCCAGGAAACGUCAGAGGAAAAGGCGAGUGAAGAGAAUUAGUGUCGUGCGAUGGACGUGCCAUAGAAAAAUGUAAUUUGUGACAGAAAAUUUUAAAGUUCAAAAUGGGUUUCGCGAUAUCGUGGCCAACAAUGGGUAGAUUUACGAACAGUUAUUUGUUGGUGGUAGUUUUGUUCUUGUGUAGGACAAUAGUUUGUGACAGUCAGUGUCCAAAGUAUGCGGAGAAGCCACUUGAGACGAGAGUGCAGGACGCCUCCAUAGUUUUUAGAGCUGUGGUCGUACAGACACAUUAUCAGAGUAAGACACUAGACUUGGCCUUAGUGUCAAUAUACAGAGGAGGCGUAGAGUUGGCUUCCAUUAGCCAAUAUGCUGGUUCACCAUACAACACUACAGAUAGACAGGUGAAUUUAAAAAUAAGUCCACAACUGGGCGACUGCUUCAAUUGGAGUAUGGCGCCUUCCCAGAGUGAGCUGGUGGUCUUCGCACGGAUCAGUGAUCCUGCGGUAGACUUGGAGACCACGCCACCAGAUGGACCGUGGUUGGAGGCGACGGCUGCCGCUGUUCCAUGGAGCCUUGGCGUUGAUAUUGCUAUAUGGAACGCUGUUGGUUGGGCAGGGUGGGGAGAGUGGGGGGCCUGCAGUAGGACCUGUGGAGUGGGGAGACAGACCAGGAGGAGAUACUGCUCGAAACCUACCUGUGAAGGGUACGGAGAACAGGGAAGGGCUUGCAACUCUUUCGAUUGUGAAGGUACAAUAAACCCGCUAGCGCCGGGCGCUAGGCGUAAUUUCCACCCAGCCCAAGCGAGGUGGGGGCCUGUAUCAGAUCGACCACAUGCCUUUAGCCUCAGGCCAAAUUCCUACAUCUGGAUCGCUUCAUCAGAACUGUUUUCUGCUGGGAAAACGUUUCCCAGAGAAUUUACAUUGUUCAUCUCAUUGAGAUUGCGGCCGGAGAGCGGCGGCUACGGGCAAGGGACGCUGUUCUCUUUGCGGUCACGAAGACGAACAGGAUCCUUCCUCUCCCUGGAGCUGGCUGGUAGAGGAGCAGCCAGGCUGGUGCAUGCUGGUUCAGGGUCGUCACGCUCCAUAUACUUAGCUGUACCUUUGUAUGACUUCCGCUGGCAUCAUAUUGCUAUCAGUGUUCACGAUGACAACACAGUUCGCGCAUACGUUGACUGCCGCUGGCUUCGAACCGAUGUCCUUGAGAAGGAUGCUCUCGACACGCCCAGGGAUGCUGAUCUCAUUAUAGGAUAUCUUUUCUCUGGCGACCUAGAACAGCUGGUUUUGGUGCCAAAAGCCGGGCAGGCACAGAAGCAGUGUUCCAGCCAAGUUGUCGGCAUCUCCACGCCUUAUGUCACACACGAGACGUAACUCCGGCCGGUCUUAGGAGAUUAUCUCAAGCUGCAACCGAAACAAUACAGUUAUUACGUCAGAAUUUUGAGUAUGUAUUUAUUUGACUGUUGUAUUUUUUUUUGUAUUAUUUAACCUCGAUAACCAAUUGACAAUAUAUCUUACAACACCCCAUAUAAAACAAAAUAUGUAAUUAAAAACGUCAAACCAAAUAAGGAUGGGUCUAGAUUAUAUUACACAAGGUAACAAGAGUUAUGUUAACGACCUACCUACAGCAUUGAACACAAUAUAUCGUACGAAAACUGCUGAAAUUGAUGCUUUAUGAAAAUUUACCGUUUUCAUUUUAUGAUUUCAAACAUGGCUGUUACCAUAAGCACAUUCUCUCUUGAACAAUGGACCUUUUUUCAUUAAAAGCUUUGAAUUAUGCUCGGAAUGUUCUCGAAUAAUUGUACCUUUAAAUGUAUAAAUCAAUAAUGUUGUAAGCUCAAUAAUUAUUGUAUAAACUAGGACCAUAAUGCUGUAUAGACUAAACUAUAGAUUACAUGUGAACUGCUACGAUAAAUAAUUAUUUGUUAAUAAUAAUGCAUUCAUAAAAUGUGUAUUCAUUUAUUUUAAAUGAAAAUUAUUUUCUAAUUAACCGCAUUAGAAUAUUAUUUUAUAAAAAAUGCAACAUUUAUUAUAAUUUAUUAACGCUGGAGAGAUCAAUGAGACAGCAUUUUGUAAAAUAACGACGAAUAAUAAUUAUAAUUCUAUAGCAUAAGUUUAUAUUAAUUAUUUAUCAUUUAUAAACAUAAUAAUAAAAUCGAAUAAUUGUAAUAGGAAAUAGCAUUUGAGAAAAUAGCGUUUCUUACAUUAGCUGGCCUAAAAUGUAAAUAAAUAUACUUUGUUAGUGAAUUUCAAUAAUUGUAAUUAAAUAAUUAUAGGAAAAUUCUUUUUGAGACACGAUUAUUUAGCAAAUCAGUUGAUCUCUACAUUUAGUUCAAGAACGAUGUUUGGAAAUUAUUCUUUAAAUUCAACAGUAAUGAUAUAAAAAGAACUGUUUAUAUUUCUCUUGGAUUAUUAAAUAAAGAAGAUUAUACAUGA